AUGCCAUCUGCUCUAGCAAAAUUAAAUCUGUCAGUAUGGUCUGACUACCUGGAAGCCCAAGCUAGCCGCAUUCCCGUGCUGCCAGAUGUUGAGCAUCUCUCAAACCGUGUAGUGAGGGUCCUCGGAGGCAAUCCCAGUAUCAUGACGCUGCAGGGAACAAACACCUACGUAGUAGGCACAGGGAGGUCUCGAAUUCUUAUAGACACCGGCCAGGGAGAAGAGUUCUGGAUCCAGCACAUCAAGGAAGUGCUGGAAUCACUGAGUAUCAAUAUCUCUCAUGUCCUUCUCACUCACUGGCAUAGCGAUCAUACGGGCGGUGUUCCCCACUUCAUUGAAUAUCGUCCAGAAUACUCGGAUCGAAUUUACAAGAGCAAUCCGGCACGGGAUCAAAAGGAGAUAUACGACGGCCAGGUUUUCUCAGUCGAGGGUGCAACCGUUCGAGCAGUCUUCACACCCGGCCAUUCCCACGAUCACAUGUGCUUCAAGCUUGAUGAGGAGAACGCCUUGUUUACGGGUGACAAUGUGCUUGGCCACGGCCAGUCCGUUUUCGAGGACCUUGGCCUCUUCACCAAAUCCCUAUCUAUCAUGGCGGACUUGGGGUGCCAAUUAGGAUACCCUGGUCAUGGCGAUAUAAUCCGCAAUUUGCCACGCAAAAUGCAGGAGAUAGUCAAGCAGAGAGAGUAUCACGAACGCCAGAUCUGUGAGACGCUAACGAUGUCAAAGUCUAAGGCCACUCUGGGCGCAUCCAAAAGCAAGGGUAGCCUAUCAAUACCAGGUAUAGCCAGAGAGCUUUAUGGUGCCGUCAAACCAGAAGUAUAUAAGCUGGCUAUUGAGCCCUCGCUUACAGGGACCUUGGGAAAAUUGGCCGAGGAUCGAAAGGUCGCGUUUGAGGUAGUUAACGGAGAGAAACAGUGGUUUAUUCGCGAACGAUAUGCGAGACAGGUUGCAAAUAAGUUUCUUAAACAAAGCUCCUUUGACACGGCAGCAACAUCUUGA